UGCACGUGCUCGUUUCCCGUAUAAUGAGCAGUGACAUACGUCACUUUCUAGUAAAGAAAUUGAAGCAGAACAACGCCAGGUAUCGCCGAGUUUUCCUAACAAUGCAGGCUCAGCAAGCAGAAGAGAUUUUGAAACGCGGUUUGGUGGAGCCUAACGACUUUGCUCUCCAGUGUAACGCCUUUCUGGAUAAGAUGAAACAUAGCAGCUCGUUUGAUCUAGUGAAAUCGAUCAAGAAGUUUAUUACUGCGUUUCUCCAAGAUGCAGAUAAUCCGAUGCCAAUCGAACAGCAAGUAGAGAAAAUCAGGGUGUUCAUACUGGACACAGCUGCUGCUAUUGCCAAACACCCUCUCUGGCGUGGAGAGAAUGCUGAAGAACUUGACAUCACAAGUGAAGCUUUAGAAAGGUAUGUUAUGCAUAAAAUACAUAAAGCUGCAUACUCACCCAAGAGAGAAGACGACCAACGAAAGGAUUGUGAGUUUUCUUACAAGGUUCGGUCGCUUAAAUUUGUGACGCCUGAGCAUCUGGACAUAAAGAAUGGACCACUCAAUGAAAGGGCAUUUCAACUGGCAAGUGAACAUAUAAGUGAGCUGAGUGCGUACAGGUCUCCUCGUGAUAAGGUAACGUGUCUUAUGAACUGUUGCACGAUUAUUUGCAAUCUAUUGAAUGAUGACAGUGAUGGAACAGUUAGAGGUGCAGACGAUCUGUUACCAAUGGUAAUUUUUGUUGUCAUAAAAGCUCAACCUCAAACAUGGUGGUCAGACAUAAGAUUUAUACAACGAUUUAGAAAUCCACAAAAACUUUCUUCUGAAGCUGGAUAUUACCUCACACAGAUGAUGGGUGCUGUUGCAUUUAUUGAAAAGGCUGAUGCUAAAUCUUUUAAUAUUGAUGAAGAUGAGUUUGCCAGACUGAGUAGCCAUUCACUUUCAAGAUUGUCACCUGAUCCUAUUCGUUCACAGUCUUCAGUAGCUGAACAGUUAAAUGAUACAAAGACAGAUCAGGAACACAGCCUCAAGAUUGGACAUGAAGAUGCUGCAUCUGGUCUUGCUGAAGAUGAGCCGGUUGUUGUGCAGAAAUUUCUUGAAUCAAAGUUAGAGGAGCUCACAAUUGGAGAGUUAGGCCAUCUCUUAGAAGGUUACAAGGUACUUGCUGCCUUCUAUCAAGAGCACAAGAAGAAUGAAGCUUAGUUUGUUUUGGUAUCUUUGUGCAUAAUUAAGUCAUUGUGUAGUCAUUGAUGUUAAUUAGCUGAACUACUGCGCCCGGAGAUUUCCACAUCUAUUUUAUGAGUUCUUUCAUGUGAACUAUUAUAAUUGCAUUGUAAUUGCAGCAAUAUGCUGGCUUAAUUAAAUUUGUAAUAUGGUACUUGCACUUCAUUGAGAAAGCAAUCUGUUUAUGGAAGUAUAUGAUGUUUAUG